CAGAAAGAUGACGACAUAGAAGAAGGAGAUCUUCCAGAGCAUAAGAGACCCUCGGCCCCUGUGGACUUCUCACAGAUAGACCCUGGCAAGCCUGAAAGCAUAUUGAAAAUGACAAAGAAGGGGAAGACACUCAUGAUGUUUGUUACUGUGUCUGGGAGCCCCACGGAGAAGGAGACAGAGGAGAUCACCAGCCUGUGGCAGGGCAGCCUGUUCAACGCCAAUUACGACGUCCAGAGGUUCAUCGUGGGGGCCGACCGGGCCAUCUUCAUGCUUCGUGAUGGGGGCUAUGCCUGGGAGAUCAAGGACUUUCUGGUCAGUCAGGACAGGUGUGCCGAUGUCACCCUGGAGGGGCAGGUCUACCCUGGCAAGGGAGGCGGAAGCAAGGAGAAGAACAAAACAAAGCAAGAGAAAGGCACAAAGAAGAAGGAUGACCCGAAGCCCAGGGCUUCCAAGGAAGACAACCGUGCUGGAAAGAGGCGAGAAGACCUGUAGCAGGCCGAGGCUCCUGAGGGAGCAGCAGGAAGCUGCCUGCCAGUGACGUUGUGUCCCUGAGGAAGGGUCUGUCCGCCAUCUGCCAGCUCCUGGCAGCAUCCUCAUUGCUGUUAAGUGCUUCCAGCACGAGGCAGAGGUUUUCUGACUGUUAGACACUGAAGAUCUUGUCAGAUCAAGAUCAAGAUCAUUCACCUCAUUCAGAAGGUUGACUGUUGCGCUUUCCACAGAGUGGGGAGCCGUUGAUACUCUUCUUCACUGCCUGCUCCUGUGGCCUGCCAUGUCUGUGCUUCUGAUUUUCUGUGGACCAGACAGACAUCAGGGCCUCAUGGCUUGUGGGAGUGCUGCAGUGAAGAUACGGUACAGCCAGCACUGGCACGGAAGCGUGUGCUGGGGGAGGCCAAGCUUUGUGACUCCUUGCCGAAGAAAGCGGUGCUGGUGUUGAGGGCGGGCUUCUCUCCCUCACCUGACAGCCGUGAGGUGUGUGAAGAGGGACCAGCAGACUUAGGACCUCAUUUACAGUGUUUCCAAGCGUCUUUCUCUGAUAAAGUGCCUCACUUGUGUCUUUCGUGA